AUGCCUGCCUCCUUGCCUUCUGAGUCUCCUCUUGUGGUGGAGUCCGAUUGUGUGCUCGGGUGUAUUAAAUCUUUCCCCAAAGGUACGUCAUGCGGGAGAGACGGCUUAAGGCCCCAACAUCUUUUAGAUGCUUUUUGUGGGGAGGGGUCUGUGAUUGCUGAUAGCCUGCUUAGGGCUACUUCAGCUAUGGUUAAUUUAUGCUUGGGGGGGAGGUGCCCUAGGAGUCUGGCGGAGUUUGUUGCUUCUGCUCCUCUUACACCUCUUCUCAAACCAGAUAAUGGGAUUAGGCCUAUCGCUGUUGGGUGGAUUUGGAGGAGGGUGAUCUCCAAGGUGGCCAUGAAAGGUGUUGGGAAGGAGAUGGCCAAAUACCUUGGCGAUUUCCAGUUUGGGGUAGGGAUUCCAUGUAGGGCAGAGGACAUUCUUCAUAGUGCGAACAGGUUCCUUAAUGAGUACCACCAAGAUGGGUCUCUUGCUUUGCUUACUGUUGAUUUUUCGAACGCUUUUAAUUUAGUUGAUAGGACAGCCCUACUGUACGAGGUAAGGAAAAGGUGUCCUUCUAUUUCUACGUGGGUCGAUUUUUUAUAUGGUCAACCAGCUAGAUUAUAUGUGGGUGAUGAGUAUAUUUGGUCUACUACUGGCGUUCAGCAGGGGGACCCCUUAGGGCCCCUCCUUUUUGCCCUUGUUCUACACCCCCUUGUUCACCGAAUAAGGGAUCGCUGCAAACUUCUAUUUCACGCCUGGUACCUAGAUGACGGAACGAUUAUUGGAGAUGCCACCCAAGUGGCUAAUGCUUUAGAUAUCAUCAGAGCUGAGGGUCCUCCCUUAGGGCUUCAACUUAAUAUAAAGAAAACUGAAGUUUUCUGGCCAACCUGCAAUGGUGUAAAGGUUCAGGAGGGCUUAUUCCCUCUGGGGAUUGGGAGGCUGGUGCUGGGUGUGAAACUCCUGGGGGGUGCCGUUAGUCGUGAUGCAGAGUUUAUUAGUAGUAUGGCUCUUAAAAGAGCGAACUGCGCAGUCGAGCUGAUGAGGUACCUUAAACGCCUACGGGACCCUCAGAGCGAGCUCCUCUUGCUUCGUUCUUGUAUGGGUGUUGCUAAAUUACUCUUUGGUCUUCAAACGUGUCAACCUUCUUUGGUCGGGGGAGCUGUCUCUGUUUUUGAUGAAGGCCUCCGGGGAGCACUAGAGGAUAUUGUUCUUUGUGGGGGUGCCUUUUUUGGAGAUCUCUAG